UGGCGGCAAUGGGGCGGGAUGACCCCUCCCGUCCCGUCCGGUCCCGUCCUGUGCCGUCCCUCUGCCACGGGACUCAUAUAGGAGUGGAUCGGGACCCGGGCCGGCACUCGCUGCGGAGUGAGCGGCCCCGUGUUUAUCUUUUAGUCCGAGAGAAGCAUUCUACUCGCUGCCAUGGCCUCGGUACCCUCCGCCGGAUGCCUCCUGGCCAAGAACCAGUACUACCGCAGCAGAACUCGGAAUCCAGCGUUUCUUCCAGCUCCUCCUGCUGUUCCGAUCCUGUGAGUGUUGCAGAACAGGACAAAACAUUUAAUGGGUUACCUGAAUUACUUGAUAAAUGCUGGUGGAUAAAAAGUUUUUUCCAUUGUGAACCAUCUCCGCCAACUGUUGGCAGAAAAGCACUAUCAGCAAGCAGUACCAACAGUUGAAUAUGAAAGCAAGCUGGAUUACUGUCUGAGAUAAUGCGCACAGACUUAUUUUUUCCAAGAGGCUUGGGAUCUUCUGAGUGUCUGGGUUCAGCUGCAAGAGGAAAACAAAACCUUUAGGAGGGACGAAAGGUGUACUUUCAAAAGAUGUCAGGAGCUUAAAAACUAUUGUAUAAUGGAGAUGUCGAUGGCUUACCUUCUAUGGAGUUGCUAUAAUUUUAGAUGACUCUAAUGAAAGUUACUUGGAUUAAAUAGCCUGAUGACUUAUUUGGAUACUAAAAAAAAAAAAAAAAAAAAAACCAAAACAACCAAAAAACAACAGUAAGAUAGUAUAGGUUUAAAAGUAUGUUAUGGAAUGACUUUGCAAUAGGUGAUUCUACAUGAAGUUUUACCUAUUAAGGUAUCAAUUCUGUAGACAUUCGCUGCUGUAAACGCAUCACAAACAGAUCAGUCCUACCCUAUUGUGUAUAUUUUCUACCUGCUGUUCUGUAUCAGUUAUAGGCAUCAGAGUUACAAAGUUGUUUGCUAAUAGCUUUGCUUUCGGAAAGCCCAAUUACACACAGAAAAGCAAUAAUCUGUUUGCUGUGUUCCAGCUGCAUGUGUAGACAUCAACCACAAAUACAUAAAUACACUUUUCAUUCACAUCUAUGCACGUUCUUUCUUGAGGACAGAAUCCUAAUGGACACUGACCUCUUCCAAGCAGAUGAGUAAUCUUAAUCAGAGUUGAUAGUCACAGCUCUGUUUUACUUUCAAAUUACCCUCAUCUUCUUUGCUGCAUUUGAAAGACCUGCUUCUUCUCAAGUGACUAAUCCUACCAGCAUUUACUGCUGUCCAUCAAUUUAGUUUGAAAGGUGUAAGAGCUGGCAAAGUAUUCAACUCAAAGUGAUAACAUUAAUGUUAAUAACAAAGUCUAUCUUUGUCAGGAUACAUGCUACUGAAAUAUACUGUCAUACGUUUUCAUUUGGUCUUCAGCAGGGCAAAGCAGUGGUUGUUUGUUCUACUGGGAUGGCCAAAAUGGAUCAAAGGUCAUAGAAAAUGAUGUAUUUGGCUGGCUGACAUCAUUUCCGUGUGUUUAUCUUUUUUUAAUGUACCAUCAGUAAAUCUACCUGGCCUUUGUCCAUCACUGGAUGAAGCAACAAUAGCAAACAUUAUCAAUGUAAGUGUAACUUCUAAAAUAAUUAUACAUUAGUGGUUGUCAUGGUAAUGCUUAGAACUCUGAAGUGUAUCAAGUGACUACUUUGGUUUUGGUGUAGGCAAUAAACGUUUGCCCCAUGACAACAACAAAAUGCAAUGAUGGAAAUAUGGUUUCAGGAAUCCUCAAAUCACUUUGUUAUACCUUUUUCCCCUAUCACCAUUGUGCAAUUUCAUCAUUGUCCUUUCUCUAAGCUUACAGAAUGAACUAAUUUUGUGGGUUUUUUUGUUUUGUUUUGUUUUGUUUUAAUAAGUAAAGAUUUAAUCAGUACUUCA